ACGGGAAUCGGCUGCAAGACCUGGAGUCGGCGCUUGGUGCUGCCCGUCUCCUCUCCUCUCCGCUCCCCUCCCCGACACGGUUGGCACAUUCUCUGAAGAGGAGCUUCCCUCCCCCGCCCCCUCCUACUCCCCUCUUCCACUUGCAAGGAUCUGGGCGUUGGACGCAGGCUGACCGGGAAAGCUCUGGGAAUACCCCCGGCAAGAGAGGAGAGGGAUCGCGGGCCCUGGCCAUCCCGCCAGCAUGUUGAUGUAGCCUGGGCUCCGCGACCAUGCCGGGCGGGGUCUGAGCUGCUCCCACGGUGCGAGAGAGCGGAGCGGAGCGGAUUUGGGAGCCGGCGGCGUGAGUGAGGGAAGCAGAACCGACCGAGGAGCGGGGUUUGCAGGGUGACAGGGAAGAUGUCGAGCAACAGUACAGCCAGUAUAUCUCAAGCCAGGAAAGCAGUGGAGCAGCUGAAGAUGGAAGCUUGUAUGGACAGAAUGAAGGUGUCAAAGGCGUCAGCUGAUCUGAUGGCUUACUGCGAUGCUCACCUCAGGGAUGACCCACUCAUCGCCCCACUGCCUGCCUCAGAGAACCCCUUCAGGGAGAAGAAGUUUUUCUGUAUCAUCCUCUGACAAGGUGCAACUAAGUGGGCAGUGAGGUGGGAUAUACUGUGUCCAAACAGAGGAACUGUAGAUGUUGGGAGUGUCACUUGUGCAUGCUGUGAUUAUUGCACCUAUUCUAGAGGAAUAAACUUACUAAGUGUUUUGUGUUAAUCAUUAUUUUGAUGGCACAGUGUCGUGUCAGUUCAGAAAAGUUUUUUUUUAAAGAAUUUAGAUGAAUUUUUCUAACUGGACCCUUGUGUUUUGUAUAUUAAAUAUAAAAUCUUAAAGCACAAUCCAUUUGGUGGUGACAGGGAAGAGUGGCUUUGGGGAGAAGACAAGUAUAGCCAUUCUAUUUUUGAUGAUUGUACAUAGUGAAGGUAGACUGAAUUUACCCAAUCUCAACAGUAUUGAAGUUCCAUGUAAAGGGACAUAUCAAGAAAUGUUUACCGUGAAACCAACUAUGAUGCAGGAACAAAAAUUACUUGUUUUUAUAGGAAAUUAUAUUUUGCUCUCCGAAAACAAAUCUAAUAUCCUAAUUUAUCUGGCCAUAACUUUGAAAUGCUUCCUUAUCUAAAAAUAUUGCCACGUUAAAUACAUGAAUCAAUGUAUAUUCCAUUGGUUGGAGCUUGAAUUUGUGUCCAGAAUCCCAGCUGUAUUUAACAAGCAAUUUCCAAAAUGGAAACUGGUAUACAGGUGUUAUGCUCUUUGUGAGGUCCUUGUACUCUUCAUCACAUUCUGAUGACAUCCUCCCAUCCUUUUUCCACUCUGUGCUCUUCACCUCAAUAACUGCAUGUGGUAACAGAUUUCACAUCUCAGAUUAAACAACGGAAGAAGAGGGAACUCCCUGCUGGAUUUGUUAGUCACUGUAUUUUAUUAAUGAUACUUAAGGGCCUUUUUGGUGUCCAUUGACAGUGGAAACAUCUUCCAUAAUCUAAAAUAUCAUGCACCAGGUCCACUUCUUUUUUCCAAAAACACAGGCCUUUCUUUGGGCUUAAAGAAACUGCAUACUUGAAGAACGUCAGCAGAAAUCUGAACCGGGGAACAACCUUGGGCAUGGUUUCUUGCCGAAUGGGAUGUGGCCUCACUAUUCAGUCAGGAUUACUGAUGAGUUUUGAAUAUUCCAUGGUAGCAGAGUGAAGCAAAAUUGCGAUCACCCUCCUUUACUUCAGAUAAGUGAUUUUUGGUGAUUUCUGCCCAAAGCUUUUUAAAGUAUGGCAUGUAAGACAUGAGUCUGAGCCUUGUGAAAUGGAAAUGAGAGAAACUUGAAAUCGGGAAUGCUGAAAUCAAAACUCAAGUAUCUUAGCCAUCAAUCAUAAAAUGUAUCUCCAUUAGUUAUUUAACAUGAAAUACAAUAAGGAUAAUUUAAUAUAAAUGUGAGUCAGUGUUGACCAGUUCAUUAUGGGAUUCUUUGUAGUUGGGAUGCUGUCACUUCAUGAUCGCUCAAUCAUAGAGAAAGUUUUCUCCACUGCUGGGUGGGGUGCAAAGAAUCAAAAAUGUACCGAACAUAUUUUCAAAUAAAGUAUCCAUUGGACUUUUUUGUACAUUGUUGUGGACAUUGCUGGUAUCUGUAAUAUUUCCUGAACUAAGGAGACAUUAUAGAGUUAACCACAAUGAUGCAUAGAAUGUUUGAGAGUGCAGCGUUGCAAAAUUUUGUUAAAAAUGUAGUGCUGAAGCAGAUUCUGGUCUUUACCUCAAUACAAGAAGGUUGUUUAUUCUUUCAAAGGUGAACAGAGAUAUUACUGUGUUGAUCCUUGAUGUCAGGAUAAAUACGAAGACAAAAGCAAAGAACGACAUUCAUCGAGGAAAAUAUUUGCUUUAUCUUAUUCCCUAACUAGAUCGUGGAUGAGUAAGAACAGAUAAGUAACCAAAGGUUUUAAAAUGAGUCAUGGAUGAAUUAAAAUGUUUGGACAGAGGAGGGAAUUCAGAGCUUAGAAACUACAGGGCUCUGGAGAGCUGACUUAGAACAAGAAUUCAGGAGGUAUUGGUUUACACGGAAGAUGAGUAUCAGCUGGAGUCAAACUGCUGGUCAGCUAAGGAACAACUGGAUGCUUCAAAGAGAGGAUAGACAGGCUGGUAUUCUGCAAGCAGAAGUGUAAUAGCCCAUGAGACUGCUUUCAACAAAAAUGAUCUUGUGAUGUUGGUUGCAUCUAAAAUUAAUAGGAAUACAUCAAACAUAUGAUAAUAAAAUGUACAAUUUUGUGUUCAGCACAAUUGCACUGUAAAUCUGAAUGUCAAAUAUAAAUUGAUUAAAAAUUAAUUCCAGUGUUUAGCUUUUGAUGUGUCACUCAAUAAGCCUCACAUUACAGAAAGUCAAUCAACAUUUGGCUUCCUCUUCCUUUGAUAUUUUUCCAUUUUGUUUUACCCUGUUUCAACUAUUGAGAUGCUUUUUGAAAAUGUACUUAAAGGGGAAAUGUAGUUUGCCAAGUCAUCACCUGCUUUGAGAAUAAUGAAGAGGCAGAUGCUGACAAUUCAUUGUUUUUUUGUGGUCAUGUCAUGUUGCAUUGUUGUUCAUGUUCAAAACUAGAGGCAGACUUGGAACAAGCAUCGCUGUGCAAAAAUUGAAAAAAUAAAAUGUCAAUAAAUGGUUGCCAACUUUAUAGGAUUGUUCUGCAACCUCUCUGAUUUAAAGUUUAAUCUCCUCAUCAGUGCCAGUGAGCUAUAUCCAAGAAAAAAAUCACCACAGUCCAUUGAGAAAACCUGCUUCCAUUAUUUUCAUUAAAAAAAAACAUCUCUGAAGGUAUUAGAGAUGGGAGGGGUUAGACUGUUUGAAUGGACUGGAGAGUUGAAAGCAAAUGUUCUGCGAUGAAUCUUUCAGGAACAAUCCAACCAGAGUUGGUGAUGUGUGGUAAUGAGAGCCUUGAAAUAUGUCUGUUAAUGAUUGAGGGGGGGAAAUCUAUUGCCGUAAUGUUUUUUUUAAUUGUGAAGAAAACAAUAGAUGUAAUGACUCACUGGAUGGGGAGGAUGUCCUGAGUUCAUUGCCCAUCACCCCACAUCAAGGAUUUUUGUUCACAAGAUAAUUUGGCCGUGUUCAUUCAUCUCUACCCCACUGAACCAUCUGGUUAAUUAAUAAAUGAUUCCAUGACUUUCUCAUCCAGUAGUCUGCACGUCCUGAGCUGCGCAUGCAGAAUUAUUUUUACAGAUUUAUCUUAAAAUUACUAGUCGGAACAGCCAUCCUUUUUCCUACUUCAAUGGUUUAAUUUGUGCUUUCCAUUCCCUAAACCAUUAUGUAUUUCUGUACCAGCUCAUCACUUGGACACCUUUUUUCCAUGCUGAAUGACACACAUUUCUCUGGUGUUUUCUUGUUUCUCAGAUGCCACCAGAGAUUGGGUAUCUGGCCCUGACACCUGGUAUCUGGCACAGCAUGAAGUCUUUGAAUUUCUCAUUGAUGAUCAAUAUACAUGGUACCACCAAUAAGGUCUGUCUAGGAGUAUGCUACUCUUUCAGAAAUGAAGACUCCAUAAAAUCCACAUGUAUGAGAAGUGACUGAGACAAUCUUAAAAUUGCAAAUUUCUGUCUUAACAUUUUAAAACGUGAUUAUUUUUAAGCAUGUGUUAAAACACACUUUAAACUCUUGCUUUAAUGUGUUGGAGCUACUUCAUACCCUGGUACAUUCAAACCCCAAUUUUGAAAUCUGUUUUAACACUAAAAAAUCUCAUGUUCACUAUAUUUCUAAUGAUGUCAGCCUCAUUUUUUUUUAAUAUAGAACAUUUCUCAUGAGAAGCACAUUUGCUUUCUGUGGCCAAUUUUCUCACCCUUCUUAAGGAUGACACCCUCGCAAAGAUAUGGUAGCUGUCUAGCAAAUUGCUCUUUGUGACAAGCUGGUAGUGAGUGCCAAUGAAUCAUUCAACCAAAUUUUACAUUAACAUUUACACAACUUCCACAGCAGAGCGUACUUUUGGUAGGAGUAUGGUUAUUGGAGUUCUUGAUAGGAUCAAAGAAUGAUUACACGAGUGAAGGUAAAGCUGAUUUUGCUAUAUGUAACCCUGGAGCACUGGAGAUGAUUAUGGUAUUCGAAAGGCUAGGCGGCGGAAAGACAUCAACCACGAGCCCUUUCUCUGAUAAGUAAAUAUUUGUUAUCGGUUUAUUAUGACGCGUACCAAGAUACAGUGAAAAGCUUUUGUUUGUAUGCUAUCCAUAUUGUAAUAUUCCUGGCUGACAAUCUGUUGCCUAUUUUGUGAUACUACCCCAUAACUAGUGACUGCUUGGUGUGAAACUCGCCACAUUGACUCUCGAGGCAGUGAUAAACUGCGUGUUGGUACUUUAUCUUCUGCCAGGGAACUUUGUAUUGAAUGGGUUUCAAUAUUCACAGUUCUAGUAAUGUAAUCCAAAUAAUCUCCAAACCAUUCAGGGAAGGCCAUAGGUCACCUGCAACUCUCCAGCCAAAUUAGCAGCAGCCAUUCCAAGUUGAAUACGUUGGGAUACCACCUCAAUAAUUUGGAGUUUUAAAUUCUUUGAAACAGCAUUUGGGGCACUAAGCCUUUGAAGUGUGCCUCCUUCUUGCAUCUUGUAAACUUGUUUCAAAUGCCAUUUCCCCAACACCGGCUGUCAUUGAGUUACUUUUAUCAGCUGCUGCCUUGAACCCAUGGAGUCCUUGUGGUAAAUGUGUUCAGGAAAAAUUGUGGUCCACGGUAUUUAGGCAUUUCACCCGGUAGCAAUGAAAGAAAGGAGAAUGUGCAUUCAGUGAGUUGGAAGAGACUUGGAGGUCACGUUUCCAAUUUUCCACUAUCCUAGUCAGAUUAGAAAGUGGUGGCCACAGUUUUGGGAGGUUCUGGCAAAGAUUGUUAUUUUAUCACUGGUAGAUAAAACAGUGCAGUAGCAACAGAGGGAGUUGUGUAGGAAGGAACUGCAGAUGCUGGUUUACACCAAAAAUAGACAUAAAAUGCUGGAGUAACUCAGCGGAACAGGCAGCAUGACACAAAAUGCUGGAGUAAGGGUUUCGACCCGAAACGUCACAAAUUCUAUCCAUAGAUGCUGCCUGUCCCACUGAGUUACUCCAGCAUUUUGUAUCUAUAAUAGAGGGAGUUGAUGUGGGAUGGACAGAAUUGAGUCCUUGUGGUUAAGAAGAGCGCAAUCCCAAGUCACAAUGUGGGUGUUUACACAGGAAAUUUAAGGUAACCAAAAUACCCCAAAGUAAUUUGCUGCAAGGAGAUAAGAAAAAAAACCUGACAUUGGGAUAAAACAAAUUUACCAUGAUUUGUGGUGGUGCAUGCAUUUCUGUGAGAAAUGUGCCAAGUCUGCUUCCCUUUGUUUAUUUUGAUAACUUUGUGAAGAGCACUGAUAUAUUAAAGUACAUUCCCGGGAUAAAGGUGAAACUUUGUAAAUUCUGGUAUCACUCUUCCUGGGAGGAAUGCACAGACUUCUAACUUUUAAUGGUUGUCCAAUAUGCUGCACUUACAUUGGGUGCAGAUGAAACGCACUGUUGUAAGAUAAACAUUGUAUUUAGCCUCAACAUGUUAGUUUUACAUUGCACUCUGAGAAAAUAUAUUAGAAAUAUCAGGUGCAAACCUUAGUUUGUUACAUCAUGACUCAGAUGAGCAAAUUGGUUGGUGCUUUUGUUUAUUUCCUGUUUGGUGAUUAGUAAAGAUUAUGAAAUUAUUAAAGAGAUAUUCAGUUGUCACA